GCGCAGAAAGGCCGACGGAGCUGAAGGCGGGGCGCGGUGGUAGUAGGCCCAAGUCAACAAUAUGGCGGCCCGGGGUUGCUACGGUACCCAAGUUUGAGGAGGGGUUUCGGAGGCUUCGCCUCUCUUGUUUUCUACCUCAGAUCUUCCUCACCUCGCCCGCCAUGGCCCGGCACAGAAACGUCCGUGGCUACAACUACGACGAAGAUUUUGAAGAUGAUGACCUUUAUGGGCAGUCUGUAGAAGAUGAUUACUGCAUCUCACCAUCAACAGCUGCUCAGUUUAUUUAUUCAAAACGAGAUAAUACUUCAAUCUCUGCAGAACCUUUAGAGGAACAUGAUUAUGAAGACUCUGAACAUAGCAAUUUUAUCUCCAGUCACCAGCUGACUGGACUUGAAAAAGCUCAGCUAAAUUCAUGCCUUGGUCAUAUGAAAGAAGUUCUUGGAGAUUCAGUGCCAGAAAAAAUGCUGGUGGAAGCAGUACUCAGCAAAAACUUUGAUAUACAGCAAGCUUUGGACUCUAUCCUUGCACAAGACAAUAAGCAAAAUGGGAAGACAAAGAAUGGGGAUAAUGUAAUUGUAGGAAAGCCAACUAAAGGCUUAUUUUGUUCAGAAAUAUUUUCUAAUAUUAAUCACUUGACUAAUUUGGUUGAAAACAUUUCUGAUUCCACUGGUUCCUCCUUUAGUUUUAAUGGUCCAAUUGUCAAUGCUGAAUCCACAGUUCCAAGUGAUAAAAUUCUCUUCAGAUCCAAAUGUUGGAAAACCCCUGCUAAAAAGAAGACUUUCACAUCUUCAUGCAAAUCCUUGGAAAUUAUUCCUUUAUCAUUAAGUGAUGGCAAUGAACAAUCCAUCAAGUGUGACACUCUCCCACAAGCUAAGAGCAAUAGCACUACAACCAGGGAAUCUUGCACUGAAUAUGACAUUUGCUAUAAUUCGGGGGCUGAAUUACUUAAAGAAAACCUAUCAGAAAAAACUUCUUGGAGUUGGUCUGAGUUUAAAGACCUUAAGGACUUAAAAGACAUACUUAAUGAAACAGGAAAAGUGAGAGAUUCUCAAGUUAUCAGAACAGAUUCUGACAUUGUGCCAAAAGUUACCAAAAUGACUGUAUCAGGAAAGAAGCAAGCUACUGGCUUUGAAGUCCCAUGUGCAAAUGUAGAAGAGAAUGGACAUAAUACCUUUAUGCCACAAAAAGGAUUCUCUGCUGGAGAUACCAUUGCAAAUAUGGGGAUAGCUGAGACACUACCUAAAUCAACUUUUCCCUCCCAGACCAUUCAAGCAUCAGAAGACUCAUCAGUAGUACCAACUCCUGUGAAAAAGUCUGGAAAAUCCAAACAACAAUUGGAUAUAAAAGCUGAGUUGGAGAAGAGACAAGGAGGAAAACAUUUGCUUAACCUUGUAGUAAUAGGACAUGUUGAUGCAGGAAAAAGUACUUUAAUGGGUCAUUUGUUGUAUCUUCUGGGUAAUGUGAACAAGCGAACAAUGCACAAAUAUGAGCAAGAAUCAAAGAAAGCUGGAAAAGCAUCAUUUGCUUAUGCAUGGGUUUUAGAUGAAACAGGGGAAGAGAGAGAAAGGGGAGUGACAAUGGAUGUAGGUAUGACCAAAUUUGAGACAAAAACAAAAAUUAUUACACUAAUGGAUGCUCCUGGCCAUAAAGACUUCAUUCCAAAUAUGAUCACAGGAGCUGCCCAGGCUGAUGUGGCUGUAUUAGUGGUGGAUGCCAGCAGAGGGGAAUUUGAAGCUGGUUUUGAGACUGGUGGACAGACACGAGAACAUGGUCUUUUAGUUCGAUCAUUGGGAGUAACACAACUAGCAGUUGCAGUCAAUAAAAUGGAUCAGGUCAAUUGGCAACAAGAACGAUUUCAGGAAAUUGUUAAUAAACUUGGACAAUUCCUUAAGCAAGCCGGCUUUAAGGAAUCAGAUGUAGCUUACAUCCCUACCAGUGGACUUGGCGGUGAAAAUCUUGUUACGAAAAGUCAAACAAGUGAAUUGGCAAAAUGGUACACAGGAAAAUGUUUGCUGGAACAAAUUGAUUCUUUCAAGCCACCUCAAAGAUCAGUUGAUAAACCAUUCAGAUUAUGUGUAUCAGAUGUUUUUAAAGAUCAAGGAUCAGGAUUCUGUGUGACAGGUAAAAUUGAAGCAGGAUAUGUCCAAGUUGGGGAACGACUCCUUGUCAUGCCUCCUAAUGAAACUUGUACAGUAAAAGGAAUUGCUCUACAUGAGCAGCCAGUGGAUUGGGCUGCAGCUGGAGAUCACAUUAGUCUCACUUUGACUGGCAUGGAUAUCAUCAAAAUCAAUGUUGGUUAUAUAUUUUGCUGUCCCAAGGAGCCAAUUAAAACCUGCACACGUUUCAGAGCUCGUGUUCUUAUCUUUAAUAUUGAAAUACCGAUCACCAAAGGAUUUCCUGUGCUCUUACAUUUUCAAACUGUAAGUGAGCCUGCUACUAUCAGAAAAUUGCUGAGUGUGCUUCAUAAGAGUACUGGUGAAGUUGCCAAGAAAAAACCUAAGUGUCUGACAAAAGGGCAGAAUGCUUUAAUAGAACUACAGACCCAAAGGCCUGUUGCUUUGGAGCUUUAUAAAGACUUUAAAGAACUUGGGAGAUUUAUGUUGCGCUAUGGAGGAUCCACUAUAGCAGCAGGAGUAGUUGUGGAGAUUAAGGAAUGAUAGUGUGCCAGGACAUCUGCAAUCCAGCCAAAUGAAAUCAUACGCUCAAAUAUACUUCUCUGAGGAAUCCAUUUGUAUCUGUUGAAGGAACAAAGACAAUUAUGUAUUGGCAAUUAUGUAUUGGGUACUCUGCAAACAUUUCAAGGCCAUUGUUGCUGUAGAACAAUUUGCCAGCAAGAAAAUACUCAUUGCACUUUCUCACUGCACAAGUUUCAGCAUAUUCCCAAACUAAAAUGUCGUCCCAUCAAUAGUUCUAGUGCAUUGUUUUCAAAAACUGAUUGGAAUGAUGUAUUAAAGAAUGGUGAUUCAUCAUGGAAAAAAAAUGUUACUUCCAGCCUUAAAGUUUGUUUACAAUUUAUAGGGAGAGCUGAUACUUUGCUGCAUGGUAUUUUAUAAAUUACACAUUAAUUGAGCUAAAAUAUUCGAAGUUUUAUAUAACUAUGUUUUCAAAGAAUCCUGUUUCCUUCUGUUCAGAAAACAUUAUGUAACGCUGCACCUACAACUUAAUUUCUUUCCAUCCUAAUUUUAUUUAAAAAAUUGAGUAGAUAUAGCUUGUCCAAUAAUGAUUAAUUUUAUUUUUUAAAUUGUAGAAGUAUAAUAAAGUAGUCAUCUGAGCAUAA